AUGCUGGAAUUAAGGGGAGUAGGUGCCUCUGAAUGUCAAGUUGUAGCGGUGUUUGACCUGCGUACGCGUCUACCCGGUUUGCGAAAAUUUGUUUUUGCAGAAGGGCAGGCCCCACCCCAGCUGGCUCUCAAGUUCUGGCGCAGUCGUUUCCUCAUCUUGCCUGUCUUCAAGGACACCACACAGCAGCUCUGCGAAAGCCUACGACAGUGUAAGAACACAGGCAAGAAAGUUCGCUGUGAUAUCUAUGAGACGCCUCUGGCGGUGUAUAGCUACGAUAAACUGUGCGAAAAAUUCAUCACCUUCAUUGAGUCGUUGAAUCGGAUUAGACGAGUCAAUGUGACUAACAAGACAAAACAGUUCAAUUGGCCCGAUUCAUCAGACCUUCCGCGAGUGCACCAUGACCCAGUCUUGACGAAUCUCCCAACUAUUCCCACUGACGCCUGCCAUUCAAAGGUCUCUCGUCGCUCAGGCAACCUGCCGACGUCGACCCAAGAGCCGGACCAGACGUCGGAUGUGUCCCCUUCGGCUGCGAGCACCCCAUUGCCACCCGUGGGGUCGCUUUUGCCUUCCGCUUCCCCACUGUCGACCCAGUCGGAAAUCUGGCGAAUUCUGGCCGGCCUUCUUGAUCCAGAACAUGGCCUGGCGUUUAUCACGGGAAACCCGGUCUUACCGAAGUAUACCUUUUGCUCCUACGACCUCGUUCAGUGGCUUUGCAGAUGCUUGUCCGAUGUCACCUCUCUUGAGGCCGCAGUAAAAUACGCACAGAGCCUUGUCGACGCUCGUUUAAUUUGCCACACCUCUGGAAACACCUCGCACAAAUUCCUCCACGGCUUCUUCUUCUACACCGUUCUUGCGGAGUUGGCGAGCCCCCCGCCCCCACACGAAGCAGUCGACACCUCAAGUGGUGGUCGCGAGUCGCUUACUAACCCUCCUCUGCCUUCUCUAGCGGGUAUUCGCAGGAUUCCUUUUCCUGCUGCCCACUUACCUCCCUCGAGUAGCUCCCCACUUGGUGCCUUUUCCACGGACUUCCAGAAAGAGUGGGCUGAAAUCCUAAUAAUCCGAGAAGCGCCUGUAAACCAGUGUCGCUUCCUUUCUCCGUUUUUUCCUCCUUGCGAUAGUAAAGACGCAGGCAACGAACUGCCACCACUGAAUGGCGUAUUGAGCACUUCCUGUCUCGGGCAAAUCUUUGGUUCUGAAAAUGACCCUGGUAUCCACGUUGGUUCCGAGGGAGUGUUGCGAAAGAGGGUCACGCGUGAUAUCCGUGAUUCUUCUUAUUUGUCUAUCUUGAAGCGGCAUCCGGAGUGGUACUGUUUGCUCUACGACUUGAAUUACCACCCAACCUGUGCCUUCUCCAUGGAGAUCCAGUGGCUUGUUGCGUCACCAAAUCGCAUAAACGACCUGCUAGUGCUCUACAUUUACUACAGAGCUACAAGCCCAGGUUUCCACAUUGUUCCCGCUCCAUGUUACCCCUUCGGCUACUCUAGCACCCGUUUUGUCGUGGAUCCCCUGCGAUUGCCCGUCUUCAUCCAGUGUCGUGCGCUGCAGCUGAUUGUUGCCCAGAGCAGAGCUGACGGCAUGGAGUCGCAAUACUCUGGCGAUCUGUCGGCCCACGCCCUUGCCGCUGAACUCUUCCCAGAACUCCCAGAAAUAGAUCAGAUGACUGCGCUGUUCUGCUUCCAAGAAACUAUCUUGAGUAGGUUCGGCUUUAUGCCGCUAUCAUACUCUCCAGCGGUGAAUUCGAGAAAUGGUUCGAGCGAGGAUAACACGCCCACUAUGAAACGGCCCACGCCACUGGGUGACGACUACCCAAGAGGCAUGAGCUAUACUCGGCGUAUGUAUGCCCAUGUCUCGGGAGGUAUGUUUGUCAUGAUUCCCCUCUACACCGACCAGCAACCACCGCCUCAGUCCAUCAAAGGGCCCUCUUGCCGUUCCUCCCGCCGAAGUAGUGGCACGUGUCUCUCACAAUCCCUUGACCAGGGAAUCCAAGCAGCCUCUACCACCUACCCGCCAUCUGCCUGCUCAUAUGCCACGACGCUGUGUUCGGAAAACAGUGGCAUCACUAGCAACCAAGGUUGGGAGUUCGGGCAGCAUGCGUCGAUUCCAAAGGACUCCCAGGGUUCUCUGGACCCAAGAACUUCGUGUUUCAACACUCAAUACGAAGCGGGUUUUUUUUGGACCUGGAACUACUUGUUACCACGAAAGUGGCGGAGCCAAAUAACUGGUGACGAAGCCUUUCAAGAUGGCAUGCUGGAAGAUUUUCGCGCCUUUUGCUCUGGCGGUGCUGAUGAUACUCGCCUGGUUGACGCGUUCGACAACUUCAAGUCCUCUCUUGCCGAAGCCAUUAAUGAUGCAACACCGAUGCAGUGCUAA